UGGUCAUAUCGGGUGAUUCAGGUGAAGCCCAUCAAACGAGUUGCCCUUUCUUAAGUCUCAGGCUCUUCCAUUUUCUUCGACUUCCACCGAACGUUUAAUGAACUACGCAUGGAUCCGAAGACGGACAAACUCGUUAGAAGAGCGACUAUGGUGGCCACUAUAACUGCUUCCUAUUUCCUUCUCACUGCCGACUACGGCCCCGAACCUAACGUCCUUGAUCCUAUCAAGAGGGCUUUAAAAUCAGCAGAACAUUCUGUUAAAAGUCUUGUUUUUGGCUCAGAGAAAGAAUCUCAAGAAAGUGAAAAAGGGAAAGGAAGCUCCAAUGUUGCAAGGGAACAUCCAUAGUCCAUUUUCAAUUACUUCGCAAAUGCUAGAGUGUUGUUGAAUUUUGGGAAAGAUACAAGAUGGAACGCUGAUGGUUUUCUGUCCCUUUGCCACUUUGGCAGAUUGCUUACUGUCUUUUGUAAAGAAAUUGGGCUUGUAGAUCAGAUGCUAGAGGUAACUACCAAAAAGAAAAAUUCAGAUGUUAGAGGUCUUAGAUCGGAUGCCAUUACCACAUAAGUUGCUUUUUCUAAGCUUUUUUUGUUUUUUCUUUGUGAUAUCCAAGCUUUGGAAUUCAGAGAAGCUAUACUUAAGAGUAAGGAAAAUAAUUUGGAGUUUUACAAGUCUUCCUGACCACCUCUGGUUUAGUAGAGUUGGUGUUUGGCAUAGAGCAACCUUUUCAGAAAUGUCACAGGAUUGAAAUCCUGUUAGUUUGCUGCAUGCUCUCUAGGUUGAACACCCUUCAGCCCAUUCUGCCUCCCUAAGUCACAAGCGCUUGGUUGAAGGGCUCUAGAGGCUGAUUGAAUAGAAACAAUAAAAAGGAAAAGGAAAGGAAUACUUGCUACAUUCCGGUUCAUAAACGAGUGGGAAAUUUCAAGUUCUUAACCCGGUUUCAUAUGCAUGGUUUCUAAUCUUACAUGUUACCUCUUAUGCCCCACACUUCCCCUAGUGCCGAGUCUAAUUUUCUUUUCAAUUUCUGUCAUUUGUUGUUCGAGGUCGAGGAUCACUCCCAGGAACAGGUAUUGCGGGAUUGCAGCAUGUAGGAGAUUAGUCCUAGAAUGAACCCAAAUGAAAUUCUUUGAUUUGUAACUAUGAUGUCAGAAUGAUGUGAAUGAUUCAACUUUCAAAUGGUUAGAAUCCCUUAUUCGGUAUU